AUGGUCCUUACCAAACGAACACGUUCAGUCCCUAGUAGCAGCAAGAAGAAAAGCUGUGAAAUUCGAAGUGGCAUGUCCGUGCAGGAUCUCAAGCAAUUGACGGCACAGCGUCAGCGUCUUGAAUUACAGGCCCGCAAUUCUUCUCGUCAAACGGCAACUGCUGCAAAAUUUAGUUACGUGUCGUCACCUUCAUCCACAUGCUCGUCGUCCUUGUCAUCUCCGUCACCACCACGCCAUCACGGUGACAGUAGACGUUAUGCUGCAAUGCAUGGCUAUGUACCUAUCCGUCGACGCGGACUUGCAUCUGACAAAAUGUUUGUCACGUGUGGUGGACAAGAAAUUUUCUUCAUGGAAGGCGUCAUAAACGCUCCGCAGGGAGGUUGUUGA